CACCUCCCCUCCUUCCUUCACCAAGACAUCAAGGAGGGACCUGCGCCCUGCUCCUCAUCCUCCCGCCUGUCGCCUGCAGAGCCUACAGGCCCCGCCCUCCUGGUCUGUGGUCCCUACCUCUCUGCUCUGUCUUCAUGUCGCUGAGGGUCUUGGGCUCUGGAACCUGGCCCUCAGCCCCUAAAAUGUUCCUCCUGCUGACAGCACUUCAAGUCCUGGCUAUAGACAUGACACGGAGCCAAGAGGAUGAGAACAAGAUAAUUGGUGGCUAUACAUGCACCCGGAGCUCCCAGCCGUGGCAGGCGGCCCUGCUGGCAGGUCCCGGGCGCCGCUUCCUCUGCGGAGGUGCCCUGCUUUCAGAUCAGUGGGUCAUCACUGCUGCUCACUGCGGCCGCCCGAUUCUUCAGGUCGCCCUGGGUAAACACAACCUGAGGAGGUGGGAGGCCACCCAGCAGGUGCUGCGCGUGGUUCGCCAGGUGACGCACCCCAACUACAACUCCCGGACCCACGAAAACGACCUCAUGCUGCUGCGGCUCCAGCAGCCCGCGCGGAUCGGGAGGGCAGUGAGGCCCAUUGAGGUCGCCCAGGCCUGUGCCAGCUCCGGGACCUCCUGCCGAGUGUCAGGCUGGGGAACUAUAUCCAGCCCCAUCGCCAGGUACCCCGCCUCUCUGCAAUGUGUGAACAUCAACAUCUCACCGGAUGAGGUGUGCCAGAAGGCCUAUUCUAAAGCCAUCACACCUGGCAUGGUCUGUGCAGGAGUUCCCCAGGGCGGGAAGGACUCUUGUCAGGGUGACUCUGGGGGACCCCUGGUGUGCAGAGGACAGCUCCAGGGGCUUGUGUCUUGGGGAAUGGAGCGCUGCGCCCUGCCUGGCUACCCUGGUGUCUACACCAACCUGUGCAAGUACCGAAGCUGGAUUGAGGAAACGAUGCGGCACAAAUGAUGGUCUUCACGAUCAAUUGCUUCAAGCGUUUUCUCCCCACCAUGCCCCACCCUUGCUGUGUCACCAUCACUACUCAAGACCAGAGGCACAGAAGGCAGGAGCACAGACACCUUAAACCGGCACUGCAUUCCAAAGAAGACAAUUUCUAACACGCUUAGUGUCUCUAAAACCGAAUAAAUAAUGACAAUAAAAAUGGAAUCAUC